AUGGGGGCUGGUGCACCCGUGUACCUGGAGGCGGUGCCGGAGUACCUGACGGCCGAGCGCCUGGAGCUGGCAGGCAACGCGGCCCGGGACAAGAAGAAGACGUGCAUCAUCCCGCGCCACCUGCAGUUAGCAAUCCGUACUGACGAGGAGCUCAACAAGCUGCUGGGAGGUGUGACCAUCGCGCAGGACGGUGUCCUGCCCAACAUCCAGGCUGUGCUGCUCCCCAAGAAGACCGAGAGCCACCACAAGGUCCAGUGCAAGUAA